AUUUUAAAGUGUACAGUUCAGUGGCAUUAGGUACACUCAUAUUGUUGUGCAACCAUUAACACUAUUUAUUGCCAAAACUUUUUCUGUCUUCUCCAACUAAAACUCUGUGCCCAUUAAAUGGUAACUUCCUAUUCUCGCCUUCCUCCAGCUCCUGGUAAUUAACUUCUGAAUGUUAUUUUACAGCAAAAAGAAAUGUUGACUUUGAGCUUGAUUUACAACCAAGAAAAUGUAAUUAAAUGCACAAGGGGAAGGUGGGGAAUAGAUGUAAAUUCAGUACUGACUGUAUGUAUGUAGAAGACUCCAGGUGAGUGUGUGUGUGUGCCUUUAAAAGAUUUUCCUCCUCCCAGACCGCCCCCUCAUAGUUUACCACUGGUUUUGCAGUCUCCUGAUUUCCACAGUCCUUGGGCAAUCUCUCUGCAGCUUCAGGAGCUAGUUUGUUGCUGUGGAAGCCACACUCUGAGCUGAGGAGUGGAAAGGUAACGUUUGUUUUUAGUUUAAAAGAUCUGACCAAAAGACAGAUUGUUGCUCUUCUUCUGGAAAAGCCUGAUUGGUAGGAUUCCUCCAAAGACUCAGCCCCAAGUGCUUUAUACCAUCCCCUCACUAACUUCAAAACUGCAGCUUGGGGAGACGCACUGGAGAAAAAACUGCUGGGUUCCAUCAUUUCACACAGAUGGCCAAUUCUGGAGGUGGUGCUGUUUGCAAUGGAAAACUACCCAAUCACAAGAAACAGAGUGACAGCUCACAGAAUGGAAACUGUACAAAAAAUGGAAUAGUGAAAGAAGCCCAGCAAAAUGGGAAGCCACAUUUUUACAAGCCAAUUGUUGAAUCCUUUGAGGAAGCACCUCUUCACGUUAUGGUUUUCACUUACAUGGGAUAUGGAAUUGGAACCCUCUUUGGCUAUCUCAGAGACUUUUUGAGAAACUGGGGAAUAGAAAAAUGCAAUGCAGCUGUAGAGCGAGAAGAACAAAAAGAUUUUGUGCCGCUGUAUCAAAACUUUGAGAAUUUUUACACACGGAACCUUUACAUGAGAGUCAGGGACAACUGGAACCGACCCAUUUGCAGUGCCCCAGGACCCCUGUUCGACAUGAUGGAGAGGGUGUCGGAUGACUACAACUGGACAUUUAGGUUCACUGGAAGAAUCAUCAAAGAUGUCAUAAACAUGGGCUCCUAUAACUUCCUUGGUCUGGCAGCCAGGUACGAUGAAACUAUGAAGACAGUGAAGGAUGUUUUAGAGGUGUAUGGUGUAGGUGUGGCCAGUACCAGACAUGAAAUGGGAACCUUGAAUAAGCAUAAAGAGUUGGAGGACCUUGUGGCUAAGUUCCUGAAUGUAGAAGCCGCCAUGGUCUUUGGGAUGGGAUUUGCAACUAACUCAAUGAAUAUUCCUGCUCUAGUAGGAAAGGGAUGCCUCAUUUUAAGUGAUGAAUUAAACCAUGCAUCUCUCGUGCUUGGAGCCAGACUCUCAGGUGCAACCAUAAGGAUCUUCAAACACAACAACAUGCAAAGCCUAGAGAAGCUCCUGAGAGAUGCUGUAAUCUACGGCCAGCCUCGAACCCACAGAGCUUGGAAAAAGAUUCUCAUCCUGGUGGAGGGCGUCUACAGCAUGGAAGGUUCCAUUGUGCAUCUGCCCCAGAUCGUGGCUCUAAAGAAGAAAUACAAGGCUUACCUCUACAUAGAUGAAGCUCACAGCAUUGGGUCUGUGGGUCCAACUGGCCGAGGUGUAGUGGAAUUCUUUGGAAUGGACCCUGGAGAUGUCGACGUGCUUAUGGGCACAUUCACCAAAAGCUUUGGAGCCUCAGGAGGUUACAUAGCUGGAAGGAAGGACCUGGUGGAUUAUUUACGGGUUCACUCACAUAGUGCUGCUUAUGCUACAUCCAUGAGCCCCCCAAUAGCAGAGCAAGUCAUCAGAUCAAUGAAAUUCAUCAUGGGACUGGAUGGGACCACACAAGGGUUAAAGAGAGUACGGCAACUUGCAAAAAACACAAGAUACUUCAGACAGAGACUGCAUGAAAUGGGAUUCAUUAUCUAUGGCAAUGAGGAAUCUCCCGUUGUUCCCCUGCUCCUUUACCUACCUGCUAAAGUAGCGGCUUUUGGAAGGCAUCUACUAAACAGAAAAAUUGGGGUGGUGGUCGUAGGAUUUCCAGCUACUCCCCUAGCAGAAGCUAGGGCACGGUUCUGUGUUUCAGCAGCACAUACACGAGAGAUGUUAGACAAGGUAUUGGAAGCCCUGGAUGAGAUGGGUGACCUUCUGCAGCUGAAAUAUUCCCGGAACAGGAAGUCAGCACGUCCUGAACUGUACGACGAGACAAGCUUUGAACUCGACGAUUAAGUUUCCUGGAUCUGACUAGAACCUAAUUAAGACUUUGCUGGAAAGACUUUCUCCUUGCUUCAAAAGGAAUUUAAGUGGAUCCUCUCCCUUUCCAAGGAUAGUUUGGUUUCCAAACCAGUUUAAUUGAACCAAGGGAGACAUUGUUGUGUUCUUAAUGUCUCCCACUCAGGACUGCAGAGACAAAAAUAUGGUUUCAGAUUUUAAGUUUCUCCUCUCCCAAGUAUCCUGCUACAAGUACACACACACACUUCUUAGAAUGUUUUUAAUAGCAGAGUGAGCCUGUGUUUAAGCUGCUACUGUGCAACCUCUUUAGUCCAGACCCCUUCAGGAAUUCUAAUCGAAAGGGUUUUGGUUUUUAAUUCAGUAGAUCUCACUAUGUGUUUACUUACUCCAUCUGCAGAUGUGGGCAAGUGUGGUGGGCAGUAGCUGACCUUCUUGUUCACCGUGUGAAAGCACCAGCUAGAACUCUUUCGUAUCCCAGGAAGUUCAGGCAGGAAGGUAAAGAAAUGUUGCUUCUACCAUUUGCCACAUUUGGACUUUUUCCAAAGACAAGUGUCAAAAGCCAUAGUUGAUGUUUUGAGGGAUAAAGCAGAACUAGCCAGCAGGGCCCAGAGACAUCUUUGAAGGAAACUUCCUUUUUCCUCUCACUGGUCUCCUACAGUUUUACAGCUGAACUUUUGAGGUUCCAAAAAUUCAAGAUGUUUGUUUCUUAAGGAAGUGGGUAGAAAGCAAGCACAAGCUAAUGUUAGACCUAAACUAAAACCAUAAAGUUAGAAGAACUUGAACAGUUUUGGUGCCACACACAGUGAAUGUUUAGCAUGUAUAGUCUUCAUGACUUUAAGGAAUGCGUUGUCAUUUUCCUAGUGAAUUUUUAGUAAAAGGUGAGAUUCAAUGUUAUUUAGAGUUGACUCUCAAGAUUACACUUGAAAAAUUGGUUCAAAAGCAUCUAAAAGCAAAUUCUAUUCAACCUUUUAAAAACUGACACCCCCCCCUCCAUUUAGGCCAGUUAAUAUUAAAUUGUACUUUUGUGUGCCACAUGCACUUUAAUUUGGUAUAAAUUUGCACACUAUUGGCAACUAAAUGUAAUUUACUUUAGUGUCUUCUCUCUCCUCUCUCUCUCUCUCUCUCUCUCAACUCCUCCAGAAUAGUACCCCUUUGCUAAUUGGAUCUAGUUGGUAUGGAAAAAGCCAGUGGAAAACCUUAUCUUUAACAAGCUCCCAGAUGGUGCCCAGAUUUGGAAAUUCUAAAGAGCAGUGGUGACCUUUUAGCAAAGCUUCUGUAAUAGUUUGAAUGAGUCACAGAACAUUCCACUCCAUCAAAUGACACUAUAAACAAAUCACUUCAAGAGAGGUUUGACUUUUUGUGACACAGAUGGACCCAAGCUUUCAUGCUGUGCACUGAGAUAAAAAUUCAACCCAAAGCACCAGUGUUGGAUGGAGCAAUAUGCCCUGAUACUCAAAACUUAUUAAAGGAUAAAGGUGAUCUGUAUGGAAAGUUUUUAUGGGGAAAUUGUAAUCCCUACUAGGUACAACUGUUUAAAAAUGAAUCAUGAACAUUUUAAGUACUGUUAGCAGAAGAAGAAAGUUUCUCAUGAACAUUUUUAAGUAUUAUAAGGAUCCUCAUGAACAUUCUUUAAGCAUUAUUAGCUUAAAAGGAGAAAAAGUGGGUUCUAAGAUACAGUUGCCCCAUUCAAUGGCUGAUUUUGAUCAUUUAAAUUUCAGUUCUCCUUGGUGAACCAAAACAGCAUUACUUGUGCAAAGAAAAUAUGUUGUAUAAGUGUAUAAAGACAAGAAGGCAUGUAGGUCUUUUCUUUGGAUAAUGUGCAUUUAAAUGAAGUUGAUCCUAGUUAGUUUUCCAAAAUGCAUGAAUGUCAUCAGACCUGUAAAAGCAACAGAAGACAAAGAGGGCAGCAGAAGGUCUGGGCCUUCCCUAAGGCAUAGCAAGCAAUAAACAUUCUGAAUGUCUGUGAUCUUCACACCCACCCUUUGAGUUUUAAGCCUCUAGAGAGGGGUGUCUUUGUGAGCAGGAACAACUAUCAUUAUACCUUCAAGGAGGAUCUUGACUCUAACUCAUAAUAGGAAACUAAUUACUUAGCCACCUGGCAUGGGAGGCAAAGGGAGGUUAUUCUCUCUCCAUCAAGAUCCAAGAGUUCUGGGGCAAUUUAUUACUUUCUGUGUACAAGAUAAGGACCUAUCUCUGCCAGAGUCUAUGUUGAAUAUACACUUAUAAGAACAACUGUAAUCCAAGUGGAGUGCUUCCUGAGCACAUUAGGAGGGAUCCAGGUCCCAUUGGGCUGGUAACAUAUACACACUUAUACAUAACACACACUAAUAGAUAUUAUGUAAAAAGAGGUUGGUUAAGAGUAUGAUUGUGAAUACUAAGAAAUUGUCUUCUACUGCUAGGUUAAUAAGACCAUGACUUUAAUUCAAUAAGGAUUACUGAGGUUCCAUAACUAUAGCAGAACCAAAAAUAUCUUUUUGGUUGCUUCUUUUUGGAAAGAGAAUUUUCUUACAGAACUAGAAAGUUACUACCCACAAACUUCCCAUUUGCAAACACACACACACAUACACUCACUUUUCCUUUAUAGAGCAAGUAUGUAAAAGUAGAGAGAGAGGAAUCUGAUUUGUUGAUAGAUAGAAGGAAGGUAUUGUCCUAAAAAUGAUCUUCAGGGAAACAGAAGAUAAAGGAUCCAGAUUGAUAUUUUUAAGAAGUAUGUUUUGCAUAAUAAAAUGACAUGGACACAUUUCUAAUGUUAUCACGGAACUGCGGUAUCAUUGAUGUCUGUCUGGAUUGCCUUUCAGCAAGUUUUGGUCUAACAGAGACCACAGGCUUCAGAAUUUACUAGGAUAAAAUGCAGAUCCCUGGAUCCCACACCAGACUUCCACUGAAUCAAAGUAGCAGUAGUGCCCAGGAAUCUAUAUUUUCCUGAGUCUUCCCAGGGAAUUCUAAUCCAUAUCAUAAUUUGAAACGAUUAUUGGAGCUUUUGUUUUGAUAGACCAAUUGGCUCUAAUAGCAUAACAGAAACUGUUCUGAUUCUUUGUUUAUAGUUAAGGGUGUUUAUACUACUGAAGUAAAGUGAAUUACUCCAACUUUUUCUACUCACUUGGACAUUUUGUUCCCAUUUUUUAGGUAUCUUCUUUUCCUACAAAAAUAUGUAUCCAAUAUUGAAUAAUAACCACCAUUCAUAUGGACAACGUAUUCCUUCUCUCACUCUAUCAUUCACUACAAGAUGUUCCUUUUCCUUUCAUUGCCUUGUUUCAUUGAAUGUGGUGUCUUGUUCUUUUAUUUUCUUCUUACCCCUUUAAAAAUCUUCAACCUUUGAUUAUUUAUUUAUUACAACAAGAACUUGUAAAUAGGGUGAAAGUCUUAACAUUUUUUCAAACUUGCAAUGCUCCUCUGUAUUUUUCUUCGGAGAUAGCAAAUAUAAGUGGCCUACUCUAACCUAAAAGCUCUGAUGACAAAAACUUAAUUCUUAAAUAUAUUUUUUUUAUUUACAGCAAUUGUAACUAUUUUAUUUUGAACUUAUCUAGUGAUUUCUUGGCAAUUUUCAUUGGUCUCAGUAAUAACAACGUAUUUGAAAUCUGUUUUCUCAGAACACCCUUUGCAGCUGUGUAAUGUUUAGCAAGUGAAAAGGUCUAUAUUUUAAAGGUUUCUAAGCAAUUAUUGUGAGACAUUGCCUUACAGUGUUGUGGUGUGUGUGUGUGUGUUUCACUGAAACAUUUGAGGUGACCAAUUUCAUUUCAUUCUGCCUGUGAAAUAUUAGUUUAAUAAACAGAACACCAAAAUUCAUGAUCUAAAAGUAAUUAAUCAUUUUACCUUAAUUUAGUUUGGAUUAUUCUUUAAAAAAGACUGAGAUAGAGAUUUGCAUUUCAGAAUUUCAUUGAGGAAAACUGGCAAGAGUGGCUUGUGCUGGCUUGUAUUUUGUCA